AUGGCCACCAAUCAACUUAAUGGUCCACUGGGCCUUUUCAUUGAUGAUGAUCAAACGAUGAUCAUCGCUGACACAGGCAAUCAUCGUGUCAUGCAAUGGACGGUGGGUGAUAAAAAUGGUCAAGUGGUAGCUGGUGGAAAUGGGCGAGGAAAUGAUUUACAUCGAUUGGAUUCUCCAAUCCACGCGUUGAUUGACAAAGCGACGGACAGUCUUCUUAUUUGCGAUCGAGGAAAUCGACGAGUCUUGCAAUGGUCUCGUCAUGAAGGCACUACUCAUGGAGAAAUUCUCCUCAACAAUAUCAGUUGUUGUGGAUUGGCCAUGGAUGAUCAGAGAUAUCUUUACGUCUCUGAUGUCGAUCAACAUGAAGUCAGACGAUAUAAAGUAGGAGAAAGAAAUGGAAUUGUUGUGGCUGGUGGCCAUGGCAAAGGAUUUGGUCUUCAUCAACUUAACGACCCAUUCUACAUUUUUGUCGAUCGAGAACAAACUGUAUAUGUGUCAGAGACUUCCAUUCAUCGUGUGGUGAAAUGGUAUAAGGGUGCAAAAGAAGGAAUUAUCGCCGCUGGUGGUCAUGGCGUAGGGAAUACUAUGCUACAAUUUACGUAUCCUGAAGGAUUAUUUGUUGAUGCGUUGGGCACUGUCUAUGUGGCAGACCAGUAUAAUCAUCGAGUAAUGCGCUGGACAAAAGGAGCAAGCCAGGGUACAAUCGCUGUAGGUGAAUAUGGCAAGGGUGCGACACAAUAUAACUUGAACAUGCCUUACGCUGUUUCACUCGGUAGAUAUGGUGAUCUUUAUGUUGUCGAUAACAAUAAUAAUCGCAUUCAACGUUUUUCUCUUGAAAAAAACAUUUGA